AUGGCAAUGCCAGCCUCUGCCACCCCACCCCCUCGGAUGCGCUUCAAGGACGCAGAGUAUCUGCUGGAGCGCGGUCCCAGAAAGAAUGAGCGCUGUAGAGCUACAACGAAAUCAAAGCGAGCAUGCUUUUCAUUUUUGGGUCAACCAAGUGGAAUAACGUUAAAUUUUUUACCCGCUAAACAGCUGCUUCUCUCACAAUGGGCUUUGCUAAUUUGUGGUUCUCUCAUCCGCGCAAUUUCGGGCCAGGAUCCCGCUCUUGCCGCGUGUGCUCCAACCAUCACGGUCUUAUUCGCAAAUAUGGUUUGGAUAUGUGCCGACGAUGCUUCCGAGAAUACGCCAAGGAUAUCGGUUUCAAGAAGCUCGACUAGUCUCGUCGGCAUCACCACAUCGACGUCUAAUUUGUUGGUUUUGAUGUUUAGUAACUUUGAAUAA